UCCCCCACAGCUGCGGGCCUGGCCACCACCUGGUCGGUCGAACCUGCCGCGACGUGGACGAGUGCGUGUAUGGGCCUUGUCUGCACGGCGGUACGUGUUACAACCUGGUACCUGGUUACCGGUGUGCGUGCGGCCCUGCCUUCGAGGGGGAGAACUGCCAGUGGACGAAGCUACCUCCUCACGCCCACACUCUCGCCACGCCCAUUCUCAUAUCGGCGAUUACGUUCUCCUCAUUUCUUAUGGUCAUCCUCAUCCUCGUCGUGGCCAUCCGCGUCCGGCGAUGGCGCAGCGGGGCGGGAGGCGACGCGCCGAGACCCGACAGCAUGCAGGGUCUGACCGGGGGGGCGCUGACCCCCGACUCGGCCAAGGGGGAGUGCCACCGCCCCCCGAGUGCCUCGCCCAGGGAGGAGAAGGUCCGGCUGGAGACGCUCAAAGUCAAGAUUCCCGGCACUAAACUUCGCCUCGUAGAGAAGCCCCCGCCCGUGUCUCACACGUGCACGACCACGCUGGCUGUGGAUGACGACGCCGCCGUGAGGGAGCUGAGCCCGGUCGCGGCGCCGGGGUCGUGCCGCGCGAGCCCUCACUCGAGCGCGGGGAGCAGGCCGACGCCGUCCAUCUCGCGGAGCUGCUCGGCGUCCUCCGUGCGCGGCGACGCCAGCGUGGCCAAGAGGCUGAGUCUGCCGCGGCUGGCGGGCUCCCCCAUGGGCGCGGCGGACUGCCCGCGGGUGCUGGCGUCGCCGCGGGUGAGCGCCGCGCAGCCGCUCCUGCCGCAGGAUGACCUUCGAGCUUAUGCCUACGAGGGCGACGGCUCGCCUUCGGGGUCGCUCACCUCAACGGUCUUAGGCCUGCGGACGUCGUCCAUCGAGGACACGAGCGUGCGGCCGCUCAUCCCAGAGUACGGCGAGGUCCUCGACCUGAUCAGGAACCUCCCCGACGCCACCGACUCGCCCCUCCUACGCCUCCCGACCCCGCGGCGGAGCCACGAAGGAGGUAUGGGGCCUCCGUGCCUCCUGACGCCGGAGGUCAAGACGAUCGCGAGGCCGGAGGACGCGUGCGACGUCAGAGCCCGCUGCCUGUCGCUAUCGGCCGCGAGAAGGAGCCCGCCGGAGCCAGGGGCGGAGCCGCGGCGAAGGGCGGGGAGCCACGGCCCGCCGCCGCACCGCUACAGUACGGCGUGCUGAUGGCCGGCCGCUCUGGGGGCGCAGACGGUCGCGCCGCUCGUCUGCCGCGCCGGCGCCUGAUGCUGUGUCUUGUUCAGCCGAGGAAGUGAAUCGGUGUGAGUGGUAAUAUGUUAGGGGACCCACAGAAAUGUUAUUGAAACUGAU